AUGCUGAAUCCUCAGAAUUAUUCAGCAAGAUUCAGAAAUCCGGAGGUGGUUAGAAGUACCUCUGCCGACAAUGUUGUGAUACGAACGCGGGGAUUCAAACCGUCAGAUAGGCACGAUCCGUCCAAGAGAGUAUUUCUUGAAAAAUUGUCCACGAAAAUUUUGCACUUCGACAUGGAUAGCGGCGACAAAGCACCUGUUCCGAUCAGUUUGGAAAAAUUGCUAACACCUGCUAUGGACUGUUCGGAAUUACUUCAAACGAAGAAAAAAAUGUAUGCAUCUUCAUGCUUCUACGCCCCAACCCACCCAACAGUGGAGGAUCAAGUUGAACUCGCUCGGCGGAUUUCAUAUUCGUUGAGUGAUGCUAAAAAUAUGAAGAGCAAGGGCCAAUCUAUGUACGUCAAUAGAAAGAAGAGAUCAGUCAAAUGGAUCCACGAUGGAAAUGGUGCUGAAGCUGACGAGGAACCUCAGACGUCCAUGUACAAGGAUAAAGUGCCCCUGAAAUGCAUGAUGAAUCCAAACGGCAAAGUCCUGGACAUUCAUUGCAUCCAAGCUCUCGGCGAGGAGCCAAACAUCGGAACGAGUCCUAUAAACGCUGACAAAUUAUUCGACAUUGUUCGUGAUUUAAAUAAUCACAAGGGACGAGGCGCCGAAAUAUUCGCGAAACGCAGGAAAAGGUCGGAGAAAUGGGUCGUCGACAAAGACCAGCCCUCAACUCCAACGCAAAAUUACCCCAAAGCAUCAACAUACCCAAGCAAACUGGAUUAUGGUGCAAAUGAGAACUCCCAGUUGUCGAAUAUCCCACCACCCCAAAAUGACUCGAAGCCCUUCUUCAACCCCUUUACGAUGGAUUUGUCACUAGAUAAUGGAAAUAUGCCAUCGGGAAGCGACCCCCGCUGGUCAAGACCACCCCCCGAAAGCUACUCGCGAAGAUACGAGGAAUCCCGAAAACCCGGGCCCGAAGUAAAGAAAAUUUACUUGCGAGAAGUGGCAGUAGGUACUGAGCCAGACUAUCCCAUGAAUUUCAUCAACGGUCACCAAAAUGGACUAAUGCCGGUGGAGAAAUCCCGGAGGAUGUCCUUCGAUUCCGAGCGCUACGAGUCAUCUCAGCAGCAGAUGAAGCCCCCCCACCGCAUUAAGAAAAAUGCAGGCCAGAACCCGCAGAGUUAUGCCAAUUACACCAAUCAUUACGUGAACCAAUCUCAGGGUCAGGGUGAGCGGAUGCUCGAAGAGGAAGAUGAAAACGAUUACACCCCAGUGCCAGUGAAGCAACUGAUUCAGGAGUUUGAGAAAACCUGCCGACCCGUCCUCCAAUACAAGCAGCUGAGUCGAAAAAUCGUCCCCGUGGUGCAGCAACAAGCCCCACUGGAAGAUAUUUCUCGUUUCUUCAACGCGGCGCGACCCCAAAAAAAGUACGAGGACUCGAGAACCGUCGCCAAGUACGCCAGCAACGGACAGAGCGCUCACGGCAGUCAGACGACCUCCAACGGCCACGGAAAUAAUGGCUACGCCAGGGGCUACCAGGGGGCGAUGGUCCCUAGGUACGAGUACGACUCGACUGAUGAUGAGAUUGACGACUCCUUCGGGGAAUCCAGUUGCUCCGAGAACGGACAGAAUUACUACGGACCGAGUCCAGGUCCAGGCUUCUCAAGUGGAAAUGGCCUUUCCGCAAUGAGCGAUUACGACUAUCGACGUCAGAUGUUCGAUUGCGCCACUGAACAGCUCUUCGACUCUCCCGGAUUCAGCACGAUAAUAGACGAAAAAUUUGUCGAUACUGAGGCUACCGUCGGGGCGGAAACUAAGGCUCUCAACUUGGCGAUGAUUGCCUCGCAGGAGGACAUUAUGGAACAGAUCAAACAGCUCAGGAGGACUCCUGUUGUGGAGAAUCUGGUGCCGGGGCCCUCGCCGGAUCGCAGUAAAUUGGGGGAUUUCAUACCGGAGCUAGCAAAUAAAAUGCUCGAGAGUACCUACAACGGCCCGAAAAUUUCUAGCUAUCAAGCCCUGACGAAUUACAAUACAGCACCACGCGGUUGGGAUCAAUCCCAAGCUGUCUACCGUCCUAUCACUUUCCGCAAACCCCAAGAGCCCAUUGCCUAUUCAGAUUUCUGAUCAAUAUUGAGCAGAGAAUAUUAUUGUUAUCCACUUGUCUAUGAAGGAAAAUAAAUAAAUAAAUUGAUGAAAUUCCCUAUCCCGCCGCUAUCCAAGAGCUUCGGUAUGUUUUACUCAUUAAAAAUUAUUAAAAGAUUUGAUCAGCAAUGUGCUCUAUUAAUGAUAUUUUAAUAAUUCCCUGCCUUGUGUUAUUUAACAUCGACUCUAUUCGUUUCUCACCGUGAGUAGAGAAAAUGCUGCUAGAGUCGUAUUAUGACGAGCCAAUAAACUAAUUAAUCUUGAUUUUUCAUAAAUUAUACGGCCAAAUGGAAAUACGCUUCAUAUGUACCCACAACUUUUCAAUUAAAAUGCUUUUGAAGGAGUU